CUUGAAACCAUGGACCCUGUCACUAUUCAGAUGGGGCACCAUGAUUCCCGGCCUGAACAAAGACUCGAAAUCGCUGAAGUUCCUCCAAUGCCAGGAGAUCCUGCCAAUGCUCUUGUCGGUGAAUCCAUUGCUCUUCAAUCCCAGGUAGUGGCAGCUCCUCCGGCAAGACAUUACAGUCUCCACGAAUGGGAGGCGAAGAAACAAACCAUAAGAAAAUUAUUCAUCGAGGAUGACCAGACAUGCCGAGAAGUCCUUGACUCCCUUGCCCCUCAGUUCAUCCCCACAGUAAAAAUGCUCAAGAGAAAGUUGAAGAAGUGGGGCUACACUAAAAACAAUGCCCUCAAUGAUCUACAGGCAAUGGUCUUCACACGCAGGAAACGCCGCAAGCUAGGGAAAGCCACCUUGUUCUUCAAGAAUGGGAGGCUUGUUGAUGUUGACGGAGCCCUGAAACGCAAGGGCUUAUCUGAGAUUACAUUGGAAGUUAGUUCGACUUUUGCUCUUCCAUCGAAUGUUGUCGUCCGAACGCCUUCGCCGUCGCCCUCCUUCAUUGCUGCUCCAACGGAGUUUAAGAUCCAAGAAGACAUUCUCAUGAUCUACAAAGAAUUAUUGGAGCAAUGGAAAAAGACUUCAAGUUCGACCACCACGGAUGACUAUGGCUUCAGCCUCUUUUCCAGGAUCGAGAAACCAUGCGUGUAUCACGAGAUGGGACAUGCAUUGUCUUGCGCCAAUCUUGCUUUCGAUGCUGGCUAUAGCGAUCUUGGAGGGUCACUGCUGAAACAAGCAUUCCUUCUUGCGGAGUCAGUUGUGAGAAUGGAAUCGCCUAAGUGGUUGCUUGUGAGCCCGUGGCAGCAUCUUCACCAAGCAAGACGCCCAGAGAUCACCAAAGAUCUCAUUCACCACUUUCACAACUUGUCCCGGACCCUUCUACCCAACGGACUUGUUCACAGGUUCUUCGACUCUCUCGUGGAAGCGACGAAGUCACAGCCACUAGAUCAAUUUAUCAGGACUUUGACCCCGGGCCUAAUGAGAACCCUUGAGGAUGCUCCAGAAGAGAUUCUCUUAGUCCGGACAGCUAUCGAACUGCUGGAGGCUGAGAACAAAAAUCAGACGAUGGGAUUGGUACCACAGAUCGACAAACGCAUUAGAAAAUGGCAAAGCCAAAUUGACAAAAGAAGUCCAUCCGGUUUGAUUGCUGAUUUAGACGUUCUACACCUCCGAUUGGAGUUGACCCGUCAAAGCGGAGACGGGAUGCUUCUCAUCGAUCACUCUCGAGAUUUCAUAGCUCAAGUGCAGACUGCUCGACGCAGCAUUUUCGAGAAUCACAAUGAGAAUCGGGCAUUGAGAAUGCUGGAUUUCUUCACCGCAUCGGCCUUCUUUGCCAUGUCGCAUGGAUACAAGCUCCUCGCGAAAGACCGGCCAAAUACCUCAGUCGUUUAGGUAUCUGAAUCAAUUAGGCUGCUUAGUGGAGCAAUCGACAAGUUCAACAACACAGUAGCUCGUGGAGCUGAGACAUUCAAGCAGGCUUUACACUUCAGACGGUUAAAGUCUUGGAUAGAAUCAGGCAACCAAAGGAAGGCUGAAGAGGAUUUGCAGGAGAUUCAGCUGAUCCAACGCCGGACAAUGAAGAUUGAUGAUCUGACAGGCUGGCCGUCCUUACAACUGGAGCGAUCGGUUAGCUUGGGCGGGCAGUGGGAACGGACCGCGUGGAUGAGCAAGAGGAAGAAUCUAGUUGACUGAUGAAGGGGCAUCAAUGGCUCAGAAGAAUCUGAUAGUGAUCAAUUUGAUGACAGUAAACUCGACGAUAAUAAGUCAGCUUAGUACAUUGUG